ACAGCCACAGAGCGGAGCGUGUACCCCUACACUUGAAAUGAACCACGCCUGGCUUCAACUUGUCUAACGACGGCCAUAUUGAAUGUCUUAACAAAUCGCCUUAUGGUGAAUCUGACUUCUACAGCCUCUCAUCCAUGUACGUUCUAACGGGCGUCACACGAAGAACGGAGGCGAGACGACCAUAGCAAAUAUAGUGUUAGUAGAAAAGCUUGAAAUAUUGUGAGUUUCUGCCGUCUGUGAGUGUUUCAAGAGGAUAGUCCUUCGCUAGAGGUUCUCUAAUAAAGGAAGUUUGGCCGUCCUGUGAAGGACUUGUCUUCUCUGUUGUCGGGCAGAGGGAAGAGGGAAGACCAAGAUGCCUAAACCGAUCAAUGUGCGGGUGACCACUAUGGACGCAGAGCUGGAGUUUGCCAUCCAGCCCAACACCACAGGCAAGCAGCUGUUUGACCAGGUGGUGAAGACCGUGGGUCUCCGCGAGGUCUGGUUCUUUGGCCUCCAGUACGUGGACAGCAAGGGUUACAGCACCUGGCUCAAGCUCAAUAAGAAGGUGACCCAGCAGGAUGUCAAGAAGGAGAACCCGCUCCAGUUUAAGUUCCGGGCCAAGUUCUUUCCCGAGGACGUGUCCGAGGAGCUGAUCCAGGAGAUCACCCAGAGGCUCUUCUUCCUGCAGGUGAAGGAGGCCAUUUUGAACGAUGAGAACUACUGUCCUCCGGAGACGGCCGUGCUGCUGGCCUCCUACUCGGUCCAGGCCAAGUACGCCGACUUCAACAAAGACGUCCACAAGCCUGGCUAUCUCACCCACGACAGACUGCUGCCCCAGAGAGUUCUAGAGCAGCACAAGCUCACCAAGGAGCAGUGGGAGGACAGGAUACAGACCUGGCAUGAGGAACACAGAGGGAUGCUCAGGGAGGACUCCAUGAUGGAGUACCUGAAGAUCGCCCAGGACCUGGAGAUGUAUGGGGUCAACUACUUUGAGAUCAAGAACAAGAAGGGCACUGAGCUGUGGCUGGGCGUGGACGCCCUGGGCCUCAACAUCUACGAGCACGAAGACAAGCUGAGCCCGAAGAUCGGCUUCCCUUGGAGCGAGAUCCGGAACAUCUCCUUCAACGACAAGAAGUUUGUCAUCAAACCCAUCGACAAGAAAGCUCCCGACUUUGUGUUCUACGCUCCCCGGUUGCGGAUCAACAAGCGCAUCCUGGCCCUGUGCAUGGGUAACCACGAGCUGUACAUGAGGAGGAGGAAGCCCGACACCAUCGAGGUGCAGCAGAUGAAGGCGCAGGCCCGCGAGGAGAAGCACCACAAGCAGACAGAGAGGGCCCAGCUGGAGAACGAGAAGAAGAAACGAGAGCACGCGGAGAAGGAGAAGGAGAGGAUAGAGAGAGAGAAGGACGAGCUGAUCGAGAGACUGAGACAGAUAGAGGAGCAGACCCUGAAGGCACAGAAAGAGCUGGAGGAGCAGACACGCAAGGCCCUGGAGCUGGAGCAGGAGAGGAGGAGGGCGAGGGAGGAGGCGGAGAGGCUGGAGAGGGAGAGACAGGCGGCGGAGGAGGCCAAGGCAGAGCUGGCCAGGCAGGCAGCCGACCAGAUGAAGACCCAGGAACAGCUGGCGGCUGAGCUGGGAGAGUUCACAGCCAAGAUCGCCCUGCUGGAGGAGGCAAAGAGGAAAAAAGACGAGGAGGCCACAGAGUGGCAGCACAAGGCGAUAUCAGCCCAGGAGGACCUGGAGAAGACCAAGGAGGAGCUGAAGCUGGUGAUCAGCUCGCCGGUGACCCCGGCGGGGGGCGCGGCCGAGGGCGAGCACGACCACGACGAGCAGGAUGAGAACCACGCCGAGGCCAGCGCCGAGCUCUCCAACGAGGGCGUCAGCGCCCUGGACCUGCGCAGCGAGGAGGAGCGCGUCACCGAGGCGCAGAAGAACGAGCGCGUCAAGAAGCAGCUGCAGACGCUGAGCUCAGAGCUGGCCGAUGCCCGAGACGACACCAAGAAGACCCAGAACGACAUGCUGCACGCCGAGAACGUGAAGGCGGGCCGCGACAAGUACAAGACGCUCCGACAGAUCCGCCAGGGCAACACCAAGCAGCGCAUCGACGAGUUUGAGUCCAUGUGAGAAGUCACAAUGCGAGAGUCAUGCCAGUCAACCCCCCCCCUCCCCCCCCCUCUCUUUAUCCUCAGCACCCUAUUCAGGGGUGACUUGCUGAUGCCGUCCGCCCCCGACCCUCGCCGCCCCCCCCCCCCCCCCCCCCCCACCCGUGAAGAUUCUAGAGGUGCAUGGCUGCCUCCACCUUUGCCAAAGCUCUGCCCUCAUCUCCACCCAGACCACGUCAGGAAUCGCCCAUGCAAAGCAAACAGCGCAAUGACACCGCGUUCAGCUGCCAUCGCACACCUCAGAGGUGAGCAGAUGAUGCGCUUGCACAGCACAAGAAGUGGAGAUGCAAGAAAAACCGAAAUGGAAUUGGGAGUAUUUUUUUACGCAAACUUUGGCCAUUGCAAAAGCUAUUUUUGUCGCGUAUGCUUGCUAAGCCUGUAAUGCAAAGCUUUAGUAUUACCCCUGUUGUUGAGUUGAAAGUAUCGCCCCCUUUACUUUUAAAAGUGUUUUUCCGUUCUUGCUUUAUUCGGCUGUUUUAUCGAAGCCCUACCAUUUUAGUUGUCCGUUACCUUUGUACCCACUGUGCACUGGGUCGGUCCUUGGCUGGGAAGAGAGGCUUGAGUUUGGGGGGGAAUUCAUUUUUCGUUUUUUUUUUUUUUCUCUCAACAUUGAGAUCAACACAGUUGCAGAGUAGACUGAGCUGAACCAUCUAUGUGUAUUUGAUGAUCCGACAUAUCCCACUCCUAGAAGCUGAGCGUCAGGAUAGAUGGGUGAAAUGCUGGAUGGACGUAGGAGUCAGUCAAAAGGGAAGUUGACAAAGAGCUGCGGGGAGCAAGGUUGCACUGGUUGCCAUCACUGUUAGGUCGUGUUUAUGUGAACACUUUAGGAGAUAAGCCACUGCCCUUUCUUAAGCUGAUUAGAACGUUCUGAGGAUUCACUUACUAGUGUGUGCGUGUGCAUCAAGAGAUUUAAAAAGAGACUCCUAAUAGAUGGUCCCUCUCACUGGCUCCCAGUGUUUCCUGCCCAGUCUCCAUAGAUGGUUUUCUCUGCCUACCGGCUCACAAAGGCCCCCGGGUCAGACAGACAGACAGACAGACUUCUGUCUGUCUGUCUGUCUGUCUGUCGUGACGUCUUCAGGUGUGUGUGUAUAUAGGGAGAUUCCUUUCUGGCUGGAGAGCAUACGAAAACGUCAGUCCUCGACACAGGACGAAUCUCUACCUCAGUACUGUAACCAUGGUGACUGAACAAUCGAAACACUAGAGCCGUUACACCCCACCCCCUCGCCCCCAUUUCGAUCGAAGUAGCGACAGGCGACCUAAGAAUAGCAGCGGUUGGCGGAGUUCAUAGCGACUCAUGGCGGGGGUUACGAUAGGACGCGUGACGUUUUGCGUGCGAGUGCGUGUGUGUACGGCGAAUUCGUACCAGUCACGAGUCCUCCCUCUGGAAUGUUCCGGAAAGCGUUCGCAAAGGGAAAAAAAAGCUGCAGACAAAGGACGGUGUCCAUAUCAGAGGGCCAAUCCCUCACCGUAGAAACACACUCCCCGUCCGAG